UACGACUCCAGCGUGAUUCAUUCGCAAGUAGUCGGCUUGGCAAAGAGCGCGAGCUUGAUAACUCGACGUAUAGUUUUUCGAACAUUUUUUUUAUUUCGGCUAAAGUAUUUUCUUUUUUUUUUCUUGGUUGAACGAUUUUUACUCAAGUGCGAGUUGCGAGAGAAGUUUCAGUGAGUUCGAGGUUGUUUGAGAUUGAUUUGAAAAAAAGACAAGAGAAAAAGAAGAUUUUACACGAUGUCAUCCGUAAUGAUGGAAUCAUUGAACGACAAAGUGGCCAUGUUCGAUCAGCACGCCAACAAACACAUCUCCGGCCAGAAGAAGAAUCCCUUCACCUCGGGUCUGAACUUGCCAAAACCAACAUUCUCCAAGGAGGAGUACGGAAGGCCGGCCGCCGGUUCGCUGUCGGACAUACGCGGCCGCAAAGCCUCGUGUCACAUUCUCAAAGAGAUUCUCGAGCUGUGCGACGUCAUCAAUCAGAACGGCACACCUUGCAAAGACGCGCCCGAGAUACUCGCCAUCUCGUUCGGCGAUCUCUUCAAUCUCUACGUGCACAUCAACGACAAGCUCGUGGGUCUGCUGCUGCGGGCCCGCAAACAGAAGGUCCUCGACUUCGAGGGCGAGUGCCUCUUUCAGAGGCGGGACGAUCACGUGCCUAUCUACCUGAUAAAACCCAUCAACGAGAUCAGGACGACCAUACGACAGAAGCUCGACGACAUGAACAAAGAAAUUCCCAAGACGCCUUGAAGCUCAGUAUUUUCUCGUCUUCCAUUUUAUUUAUUUAUGCUAAGACACUUCCGUUGGAUUUUUCAAUAAAACCCGCAUGCUGCUUGUACGUCGCGAAAGAACAGCUGAUGUUGGGCUACUCGUGGGCAGCUGUCAAUGCCAGUACAUAUAAAUCAAAACCCGAUCGCCGAAUAAAAAUGUAAAUUGUAUCUUGUAAAUAUUGAGAAUGCGUAAAUGGCUGUGAGCGUGGAAGCGAGCGCGUGUGAAAAAGUGAGACUGUGAUGGAUGCGUUUGAAUGUCUAAAAUAGGAUAUAUUUUUUUCGAAUGACCGAGUUAGAAUAGUUGUACAAAACGUUGGAGGAAUUUAGUAGAGAACUCUUUUUUUAUAAAUAUAUCAUGAAUAGUAUGUUAGCGAAAUCAAUAUUAUAAAAUUAAAUUCAAAUAUA